CCCUCAGGAUGGCCCACACUAUGGAACCAGUGGCAAAGAAGAUCUUUAAAGGAGUUUUAGUAGUUGAACUCUUGGGCAUUUUUGGAGCAUAUUUUUUGUUUAGUAAGAUGAAUACAAGCCAAGAUUGCAGGCAAACAAUGAGCAAGAAAUUUCCCUUCAUCUUGGAACUUUAUUACAAAUCUGAUUCCGUACAACUCCGAAUGUAUGGAUUCAGACAGCAAGAUCAAGAAAAAUGGUUGAAUAGCAAAAAUUAGGACCAGUCAUCGCGUUCAGCCUCCCAUCUAAGCUGUUUGAGACCUUUGUGGGGGAGAAGAAAGAUAAGCACACCACAUUGCAGACUCCUGGCCCCACAGAACAAAACAGGAACUUCUGCUCUGCCAUGGCUCACAGUCAUUUCCCAUCCCCUAUGCA